AUGGCGUCAAGAAAGAAGUCUGUGAGCAGUGUUAUUGAUAAAGGUGCUAAUGGAAAGCGCUCGUCAAAACUUAAAGACGGUGUACCUAUAGUUAUGGACACUAAAGCAGUUUUUACAACACUAUAUGAGGUUUGUGAAGAAAAUGCUGCCUACUUUUCUAACAGUUCGAAGGGACCAGUUGUGGAUGCCUCCCAGAGACUUGUUGACUCUAUGCUGACUAUCCAGAAACAUGCCAGUGCCCUUGAGCCAGUCGUUUGUGGCUUUGCUGCUAUUUUUCAUCACUUUGACUUUGAUCCUCACAUUCCUGCCAACGGAUAUCGCUCACUAGUGAAGGUAGUGCGUUGCUGUCUCCUCCACAUUAUCCACAAGGGGCAAUACAUUUUAUCAAAUAAACGGAGCGUCUUUUUCCGUGCAGCGCAUAAUGCUAGAGAAAUGGAGGCCUACUGCAGUGCUCUGUGCCAGUUAAAGGCUUUACUUUACCUGGCUCAACGGCUUCUCCAUGAUAACGGACAAGGAAACCUCUUUUACCAGGAUGAGACUGGUCUCAGCCAGAUCUUUUUUCAGGAGUAUUCCUCCAUGUACAAAGGGUGCUUUUUUGGCCGUUGUGUUGGCUUCCAGUUCACGCCUUCCAUCCGGCCACACCUGCAGACUAUUACUAUAGGCUUAGUUGCAUUUGGAGAUAACUACAAGAGGCAUCAGUCUGGGAUAGGUGUUGCUGCUAGUUCUUUCUUCACUUCUGGGAAGUAUGUAAUUGAUCCUCAGCUGAGAGGCUUGGAGUAUGAGCGUAUCACUCAGAACUUGGAUAUUCAUUUUUGGAGGACAUUUUGGAAUAUUACAGAAAUUGAAGUUCUAGCGGGCUUGGCAAGUAUGACAUCCACUCAGGUUAAGGUGAAUUGUGCAUUCUCUGUGCCACCUGUGUCUUUUGAGCUACCAUUGAUGGCUGAUUCCACAAGUACAGUUAUAAUCUCUCCUCCGGCUUCUCAUAUCGGCCCUGGCCCUGUACAGAUGAGACUUAUUUCCAAUGAGCUGAGGGAAGGACAGGACACUGACAAGUUGUUGGCAAUGUCUCUUUCUGAAGGUGGCUCUUCCUCUCGCUCUCUGAGUCUCAAGUCAAAAAGGAGCCCUCCAUCACCUUGGCUGGUAGUGCAUAUCCAUGGUGGAGGUUUUGUUGCACAGACUUCAAAAUCACAUGAGCACUACCUAAAGAGUUGGUCUCAAGACCUCAAUGCUCCAGUCCUCUCGAUAGACUAUUCUCUUGCUCCAGAAGCACCAUUUCCACGGGCACUAGAAGAGUGUUUCUAUGCCUAUUGCUGGGCUCUCAAAAACAAAAAGCUUUUGGGUUGGACUGGUGAACGUGUGUGUUUGGCUGGUGACAGUGCAGGAGGUAAUUUGUGUCUGACUGUGUCAAUCAAAGUUGUGGCUCAUGGAGUGCGGUUGCCAGAUGGCAUUAUGGCUGCAUACCCUGCCACUAUGCUCACUGCCUAUGCCUCACCUUCUCGUCUGCUCAGCCUUAUGGAUCCAAUUCUGCCCCUUUGUGUGCUGUCACGCUGUCUCAGUGCUUAUGCAGGUGUGGAACUGCAUGAGGAGAAGCAGGUUGAGAAGGUAAGCACAUUAAAGACGAUGAGGAGAGAUACUGCUCUGCUAUUUAGAGACUUUAGACAGGGAGCUUCAAACUGGAUUCACUCUCUCCUGGACCCCAACAGGGCAAGUGCAGAGAUGGUAAGGACAAGUGUCUCUGAGGGAACUCUAACUUCUCCUCACUGUGAUCCUCUGGCCCCUGUGACUGCAUCAGAGUUCUCAUUAAGAAAGGAGUCUUUAAAAAGCAACACAUGUGAGGGUUUGGUUAACCACAAUAACAGCAGUGCCAGCAACAUCAGUCAUAAUACAACCAGCCUUCCUGACGACCACAGUGCCAACCUCAGUCAUUAUCAUAAUCCUAUACUUGACACCACAACCCUUAAUGGCAAGGUAGAAGAUGUAAGUAGCCUUUUUUCUAAAGAGGAAGAUCCAUUCUUUUCAAGUUCAAUCUCUUCCAUCGCAGUGCCUCCUCCGAAAGGAGCGAAAAACUCAGAAAGCCAAGAGGAGUUCCCUGAUGAUUUUAAGCCCUUGAGGUCAGAACAGCUUGCCGAGAUAAAGAUAGAUUCAUCUCCCAUCUUCAGAAAUCCCUACAUGUCCCCACUUCUGGCUCCAAAUCACAUGCUGAAGGGCCUACCUCCGAUACAUAUAGUGGCCUGUGCUUUGGACCCCAUGUUGGAUGAUUCUGUGAUGUUUGCGAAACGACUACAGAACAUUGAGCAGCCUGUGACCUUAUGUGUGAUUGAUGAUCUCCCACAUGGCUUUCUCUGCCUGUCACAGCUUUCGAAAGAGACUCUAGAAGCCUCUAAUGUCUGCAUGGAGAGGAUCAGAGAAGUAUUCACCAUGAAAGACAAGAUCAAGAUACAUCGCAAACUGGAAAGGACUAAUGCACAGGCUUCAGGCUUUGGUUCACAUAGCCUUAGAGAGAAGGACUUUCACCAAGCUCUUGCAAAAUAACAAACAAGAAAUAAUUGGGACUAUAGUUUAAAAGAUUGAAAGUGCAUUCUUAAACACUAAGACAAAACUUAUAAGCCUAGUAACAAAGUGUACCCAAGGUAGUUAGGUAAAGAGGAAUUAAAUACUGAAAACUGACCAAAACACUGUGCAAUGUUUCAGUAUAUCAAGAAAGAUUAAUAAAUGUAACUGUCGAAAAGCAUAUUUUAUUUGUGGAUAGAAAUUGAAGGUGACAAUAUAUGUUGAGCUUUUUUUCCACUUACCUGCUAAUUUUGUCACAAACAUAGCUUCCUGCCUUGUAUAGGACUGAAGGUUAGUUGUAUAGGUUAAAUAUACUGUAUGGGAUCAUCUAAAUCAAAAUUCUAGCUUUUUAUUUUUUGUUUGUCUGGUAAUUGUAGUUUUAAUGACUACAUCACUUUUGUUGAGGGUAAGAACAAAAUAAUUCUAUACCAUUAAAGUGUUUGUGUAGUUUAAAGUAUGUUGCCAUUUGAAUAUGCAGAGUAUCCCAAAAUAUCUAAUACAAGUUUUUUAGAAUGUGAGCGAUGACAUAUAGAAUGAUUGAAUCAGUAUUAGCUAUCAUA